ACAAAAAUCUCAAAAAAAUUGUCUCUGAAAAAGCAAACAAUUUGACAGUACUUCGCUCUCACGCCUCGAAAUCAUGGUGUAUAUUGUACAAAAUAAAGAAGAUCUGGAUAAGAAGCUAGAGGAAGCCGUCGGCUCUGGCCAAUUGGUGGUCAUUGAUUUUUUUGCAAAUUGGUGUGGACCAUGUAAGAUUAUUAGCCCGAAACUCGAAGAGUUGGCCACACAAUAUGCCGAGAAAGCGAUUGUGUUGAAAGUCAAUGUGGAUGAUUGUGAAGACAUAGCCCUUGAAUACAACGUGACCAGUAUGCCUACAUUCGUUUUUAUUAAGGAUAAUCAUGUUAUUGAUGUAUUCGUUGGCGGCAACUCAGAGAAACUAGUCAAGAAUAUGGAGAAAUAUGUAGGUGAACCAAUACCCGUAGAAAAUAUGCCAGAAAUUGUGGAAGCCGAACAAAUAAUCGAGGAAGAAACUGUGCUUGACUAAAGAAAUAAUAAUAUUAGAUUUGUUUUCCUGAAAUCAAUAUACUUAUCAUGUUUUAAAUUAACAAUCACUUACCCAGGUACUUUUUCUUUGCAAAUGAAACAUUUUUUUUUUACAAUUCCACUGCCAAAUUGGCAUUUACAUAAUUUCCAGAAGAACUAUGGUACACUCCAAUGUACUAUCUAACUUCAGAUUAUCAGAAGAUUCACCCUCACAUGUCAUUGUGCAAGCUAUGUACUAUUAUAAUUUAUAAAAGCAUAUUGAAAUAAGUAUGUAUUCAAAUGGAUAUUGAGGAUAACUUUAAUCAAUUCAUUAUUUAACAGUUAUGUUU